UCAGCUGCUCAGUUCAAUAUCGCCGUCGUGUCAAACAGCCAUAAAUUCUCUGGAUUUUAAAUAUUUUCAAUCGUUUGACAUUAUUUUGAAUUAUUUCUUUCAAUUUUAAGAGUUUGAAACAUCGAUUAUUUAAAUUAAUUCUUAUAUUCUUGACUUUAGUAAAUAAUAAAAGUGGUUCAGCUCUAAGAUGUGAAAGUAUCAAGUAAUAGCAGCUAAUAAUAAUAUUCGCACAUCAUCUAAAAACGAUCUUGUUAGAAUCAUGACGACCAGUAAUUAUACCGGUUGGGAAAAAUAUAAAUUUCGAGGACAAUAUCUAGGAUAUAUUGCUAAAAUAAAAAUUUGUUCAAAUGAAACCCAACAGAAUUUUGAAAAUAAAUUAUUUGAAACCAAUACUGCGUGGUUUUCUCCUCUUCUUCGACUUAUUUUCCAUACACCAAGAUUAAAAAUAAUAAAUAAGUGCUCAAAGUUCACUUCAGUUUCGUCAUUGAAAAUUGCAAAAAAAAACUUGUUUCUUGCCAUAUUUCUUCUUUUUCUAUCUGCUGAAUUUGUGUAUGGUCAAGAGAAUGCUGAAAGCUACAGAAAGUUUUUAAAUACCAGUGGAAGACCUCAAUUAAACAUGAUAAGCUCAAAUUAUAACAUAACUGCCAUUUCCGAAAAAGAUCGGAUUGAUAAUAGCCCGCCUUUAAAUGAAUUCAAAUUGCAAAAUGAAGUGAAUAGAAAUAUUAAAACAAGCGCUCAAAGCGUUUCAAUAAACCGUAACGUUUUCCUGAAUUUUGAUAAUAUGCUACAACGACAAUUACGAGAAAAAGCCAGGUUGGACAGUUUAGAGUCUAUCAAAAUGCACAUACUUAUGCGAUUAAACCUUAAACAACUUCCAAAUAUAACAAAACCAAUACCAGUACCGCAAAAUAUAAUAGAUAACUUUUAUAAAGAUUACAAUUUAUCUACUAAAAGUGUUUUAUCAAACCGUGCAUUAAAUUCAGAUGUGCGACGAAAAGCAUCAGAAAUUUUGUCACAAAAUGCUAGCCAGAUUCGCAGUGCAAACACCGACGAUAUUAAAGAUAACGAAUCUUCUCAGAUGCAAGGGGAUGAUGCUUAUACUGCAAAUCAGUUCCCAAAUAUUUAUAAAAGAGAAUCCAACGAAAAUUUAGACACUAAAAGAAAAAUUCAAAUAUAUAGUAUAAAUGAUGAUUAUGAAGGUAUUCUUUCACAUAUCACCAACAUUUAUAUCUUUCCCGAACAAAUUCAUCAUUAUACUGAAAGUAAUCUUAAAAUUGAAGUGCUUCGAUUUAAAAUUGCAAACGACUACUCUGAAUUGUCCUACGCAACUCUUCAUAUAUAUGUACGAGGAUGGGACUGGAUAUGGGUACAAAAGCCGGAACUUAUCGAAGAAAUAAAAAAUCAGCAGAACAAAGAUAUUAUUGUUUCUAUUCACCGUGCUGAAAGAAAAGCGGCAAAUUGUACCCACAAAAUGAAGAUGUUUGAAUUUCGCCAAAGUAUACCAUUGGGCCAGGGAGAAUGGGUAAACAUAGAUGUGAAGCCCCUUUUUGGCGAUGAUUUGUCAAUUAAGACUCAGGAACUGCAAAUAAGCGGCCUUAAAUCUUGGAUGAACCCAUUAAUUGUGACCACUGAUACGGCAUCAAAAAAUCGUUUGACAGUUCACAUAGAAAUCGGAUCAAUAAAAAAACAUAGAAGAAAGCGCAGCGUCUAUAUGGACUGCACCGAGAAUGACCAUGAUCUGCGAUGCUGUAGAUAUCCACUGAAAGUAAAUUUUACAAGUUUUGGGUGGCAUUUUGUAGUGGCACCAACGUCAUUUGAUGCAUACUUUUGUAGCGGUGAUUGCAGAGUUGGAUACCUAGAACACUAUCCGCACACACACUUGGCCGCCUUGACGACUUCAGCUACGCCGUGUUGUUCUCCGACUAAAAUGAGUUCCUUAAGCUUGUUGUAUUUUGACGACAAUCAUAAUCUAGUGUUAAGUGUUAUACCUAAUAUGUCUGUAGAGGGUUGUAGCUGCUCUUAGACCAUGAGUUUACAAAAUUAAUUUAGAAAUAGUUGCAGAAAACAGAAAAAAAUUAUUAGAUUGAAUAAAUUAACUAAUU